CCGUAUACUCGCGGUUCCUGCACGCCGUACUGAAGACCACCGCUGCUGCUUCGGCCUACCGACCUGUGCCCCCCCCCCUCUCUCGCGACGGUCUCGGGGAAGAGUCCUGGGUGUUUUCUCUUCAUAAGGGGUGACGAUGGCCGAACGGGAAUAUCCGGUGCUGUCCCGGAGAGCCAUAGAGGGCUUGAUCGCCGAUGGGCGGAAUAUCUUUAUCGUUGACCAAUACGUCUUCAAGGCGGACCCUUGGCUUCAGUACCAUCCCGGGGGCGACAAGGCUAUCCUGCACAUGGUUGGUCGCGAUGCCACCUCCGAAGUCACCGCUCUUCAUUCCCGCGAGGCGAGGGAGCAGAUGAACCGUUACCGCAUCGGGAGAAUCGAGGGGAGGUGGACUAACUUCGUGCCUCCCAUCCAAGGCGGGAAGUUCAGACCCUCGUCCCCUUGUGAUAACCACGAUCGCCUCUCUGGCGGCGACGGCAUCGAGAAGGAGGCUUCGGAGGACAACCUAACUCCGACAGAGAGCUCGAGCAGUGCCAGUUCCCGCGAGCCUUCUCCCAUCUUUGAUAGCUCCGGCACCCAUCUGCGACAACGACGUCUCGCCGACGAUGUUGCCCUGCGCGGCUCGCCCUCUGCGCCAUCCGUAUCUUCUGUCGGCCCUGACGAGGACGGCAUGUCCUACCUGGACACCAUCACUAAGGAGAAGACUACUCUAGAUUUAGAGAAGUACCCUCCCCUCGAUUUCGCGACCCAGGACUCCAUCGUGGCCAAAUACCGGGAUCUAGACAAGCGUAUUAGGGCCGAAGGUCUCUACGAAUGCAACUAUGGCGCAUAUGCGGUCGAGGUGACGCGAUACUCUAUCCUCUUUGCUCUUUUCGCCGUCUUUCUCCACUGGGGUUGGUAUGUUCUGAGCGCGGUAUGCCUGGGCGCCUUCUGGCACCAGCUUGUGUUCACUGCCCACGAUGCUGGUCACAUGGGUAUCACUCACGACUUCCACACGGACACGGUCAUCGGAAUCAUCAUUGCCGACUUUUUGGGCGGGCUAUCUCUCGGCUGGUGGAAGCGGAACCAUAACGUGCACCACAUCGUCACCAAUGCCCCCGAACACGAUCCCGACAUAGAGCACAUGCCCUUCAUGGCUGUGUCCCAUCGCUUUUUCCAAUCCAUCCGGUCUACUUACUACGACCACGUGAUGGAAUACGACGCCGUGGCAAAGGUCAUGUUAAGGAUCCAGCCGUACACGUACUAUUUAUUACUGAUGUUCGGGCGGCUGAAUCUCUACCGCCUGUCGUGGGAUUUUCUAGUCAUGGGAAGAGGUCCUCGGAAGGGCCCAGCUUGGUGGCACAGAUGGCUCGAGGUGGCCGGCCAGACGUUCUUCUGGACGUGGUACUUUUACGGGGUCGUGUACUGCUCAAUCCCUAACAACUGGGACCGCUUCAUUUUCUUCUUGAUUAGCCACGUCGUCCCUAUGCCUGUACAUGCGCAGAUUUGCCUUUCCCAUUUCGCCAUGAGCACGUCCGAUCUGGGGCCUCACGAGUCGUUCCCUCAGAAGAUGCUUCGCACGACUAUGGAUAUCGACUGCCCCCAGUGGUUGGAUUUCUUCCACGGCGGUUUACAGUUUCAGGUCAUACACCAUCUAUACCCCCGGAUCCCACGCCACAACCUGCGCCGGACGCAAAAGCUAGUGCAGGAGUUCUGUGCCGAGGUCGGCAUUCCCUACGCGUUAUACGGCUUCGUGGACGGUAACAGGCAGGUCGUCGGGACGCUGGCCGAGGUAUCGAGGCAAGCAGCUAUGCUCGCCAAGUGCCAGAAAGUCAUCUCCGAAGGCGACAAUCCCCUCCACGGGCAUCGUCAUCAUUGAUCUUAUCUAGCUGUGAUGUUUUUUUGUACCCGCCUUGGCGGACCCUGUAGUUAGACAAGCGAUUUCUUGCUCCACUUGGCAAUGAACGCUGACCGAA